AUGGCGACCGGAGGAGAGGGGCGAAAAGGCCCCGACGACGAAGGCACCAUCAAUGUCGCUUCGAAGAAGGUCGUCAAGGACAGACCAACCGGCGUCAUAAAGUUAAAGAAGGCCGUCCCCAAGCAGACGAAGCCUGGGAAUUGGAGAGAUGGGAGCGUUGCCGAUGAUGACAAGAAAUCUAGAAGCACAGAUAGCCCCUCCGUUAUCAUCGGCUCGCUGUCCCCCGGCCCCGUGGUAAACCAACUCGAAGAUAGCUCCCGAGAGACCUUUCCGACCGGACGACCCCUUGAAGACACCCUCAACCUCCAACAGUGCAAGCACUGCAAGAAGGGCAUCAUCAGGACCGCUGCCAAGGCUCACAUCGCGCAAUGUCUACGAAUCAAGAAGGAGAAGGCCCAGCGGAAGAAAGAAGCGAGGGAAGCGAGAGAACGUGCGAAGGAGCAAGCGCGAGAAGAAGAGGCUCGGAAGGCGGACGAGGAUGGGGAUGCCAAGAUGAACGACGACAGUGAUGACGACGACGAUGGGGAGAAGAAAGGUCCGACCAGCAAGGCGCCCAAGAAGGUGGGAGGUAAGAAGCCGGACGGCGAACCGAAAGGCAAGAAACGCAAGGCCGACGGCGAUGCCGACAAGGGACCCAAGAAUAAGAAAAAAAAGGAGGAACCGAAGCCGAAGGUGCCCAAACCUAAAGGUCCUGUGGAUGUCGAGAAGCAAUGUGGUGUUAUACUACCUAAUGGCCAACCGUGUGCGCGGUCAUUGACCUGUAAGAGCCACAGCAUGGGAGCCAAGCGUGCCGUCGCUGGCAGGUCGCUCCCAUACGACAUGUUGCUCGCUGCGUAUCAAAAGAAAAACCAGGCGAAGCAGCAGAAAGCUGCAUUGGAUGCGAACGCUCCUAUGGAGGACGACGACGACGCCAACGCCGGGCCAGUCGACUCCGACGAGGAGACAGCCGCGGUUAUGGGCGCGCUAGCUCGGUGGAAUCCGCAGCCCGUCCUACCACCGUCCAUAUUUGCACCCAUCAGGCGGACGUAUCAACUCGCGCGUCUUCACGAGCAGCUCCAGACGGCAACCAAUGGCGGCCGGACCAACAUUUUUAAGGUGGUCGGGUACGGUGCUCAGAAACUUCCCGAGAACCACACUGACGCGACGAUGGACCUGGACGAUGCACCGGGAGAGCCAGAUUUAGCAAUGAUGGGCGGGAUGGACGCGCGGAGGUCCUCGAGCUUCAGCAUGCAGGCCACCUCACGGCGUCCCUCCGUGGUGAGCCGGGCCUAG